CGAGUGGCGAACGAGUCGCGCACCAAACGCCGUCGGACACGUUCUGCUGCGAGUGCACCUUGCGAGAAUUCGCAGCUUUUGCAAGAAUUUGCAGCAUAUAAGGGGACCGCUGGACACUGGUCGGUCUCACUGGACCCUCCUCGAUCUGACCGCCAGCAAGCCAAGCGAAGAUGCAGCGCUUGACUUUUCUCGUCUUUCUCGCGCUCUGCGUGUAUCUGAGCGAGGCCGGUUACAAGAGUUCUGAGGAGCGAUGGGACGACGGACGAAAGUACAACAAGAAGAACGAAAAGUACGACAAGUACAAAAAAUACGACAAGUAUGACAAGUACGACAAGAAACAAGAAAAGUACGACAGGCACUACGAACGAGGUUUCGACAGCAGCAGGGAAAGCUUUGGCAGCGACGAGUCAAACGAAAUAGAGCAACGAAGGGACCACGCGCCCCGAUAUGACGAUCAGAGGUAUCGUGGGGGUGAAAGGUACUAUGAGAAGGAGUACAAGCCCAAGUACAACAAGUACUAUGAAGGCGAGCGGAAAUACGAGAAGAAGCCCGAAAAGAAGCACUACCAGCAGCAGUACGAUUAUCAUCCCGAGGGCGGUUUUUACGACGAGACCGUGCAGUUCUCAAAGCGGCGCCUCUUUUCCGUGCCGGAAGACGAUGAUCACUUUUUUGACGACGUGAGGCAAUAUGAGAAAAAGCACCAGCAGCACGACAGACACCAGCAGCGCAAACCCCAGCACCACCAGGGCUACCAUCAGCAGGACAGGUAUUGGCAGCAGCAGGAGCCUGAGCGUUACCAGAGGUACCCUGAGCAGCGGUACAACGAGCGCUACCCUGGCGGCGAGGGCAACUUCAGGGAGUACGGCGGCCCGAGCACCAGGUACAGCUGGAAACAGGACCGCGAGGAUUUCCCCAGGAUGAAGGCGCUGGACAUUCCACCACCUGAGAGGCCUCACAAAGGAUUUGUGCCAACGGCCGAUAACGCUGACCCUCCGGCUCCAAGUGAGGCGGCCAAAAUGGCCCGUUACAUUGUGCACAAUUCUGACUGGACAACCGUCGCCACUAUUUCCACCCUGCCGCACAUCCGCCAGUACCCUUUCGUAAACGUUCUGUCCGUGAGUGAUGGUCCCAUAGGCAAGGGCUCCGGCAUUCCGUAUCUCUACAUGACGGAGCUUGACAUGACCCCUCAUGACCUUGCUGUGAACCGAAGGUGCUCCAUCUCAAUGAGUUUGGCCGAAACUGAUUACUGCAAACAGCAGAGUCUUGACCCUGAGGACCCUAGAUGUGCUCACAUCACUCUCACUGGUGAAAUGUGGAAGCUCCGCAAUGGUACCCAGGCAGCCAAGUUGGCUGAGGAAGCGUUGUUCACGCGUCACCCUGUCAUGAAAAAUUGGCCUAAAGAUCACAACUUCUUCUUUGCCACUUUAAAAAUUGAGCAGAUCAUACUGCUGGAUUACUUUGGUGGGCCAAAGUUUGUCGACGUCAAGGACUACCUGCGCGCAACACCUAGCACAUAAAUGAAGAUAAUAAUUUUUUACACACUAAUGUUCUUUUAUAUCAAUAUACCUCUAAUGUACCAAAAUUAGUUUACUCUGAAAAUAUUGUAUAACUACACAUGCGGCAGGAUUGUUUGGAGAAAAUAAAUACGCAAUAACAAUCAGUGAUUAUUUCCGACUCGUA